GCCUCGGACCUGCAGGUGGACGGGGACGAAGUGGAGGGGCUGCGGGAGGGCGAGGAGCUAGGGGGUCCGCUCUACCCCUUCCUGGUGGUCUAUGACCUGAAGCCGCUCAAGUCACAGGGGCCGGUGUUUGCCAAGGGGGUGCCAGUCACUGCCCGGGUGGAGGGCACCGAGCGCUACACCACCGGCUCCAAGAUCCGGCCAAGCACACUGUACUCCCUGCGGCUGACCCACGGGGAUUUCACCUGGACCAUGAAGAAGAAGUUCAAGCACUUCCAGGAGCUGCACCGUGACCUGAUGAGACACAAAAUCUUCAUGAGCUUCCUGCCCCUCUCCAGGUUUGCUCUCCAUGGGUCCCGUGCAGAGGCCACCUCUCUGGAGAUGCCCGCCCUGCCCCAUGGGGGUGAUGGCACUUCCAGACGCCCCUCCAGCAAACAGAAGUACCUCGAGAGCUACCUGAACUCCCUGCUGGAAAUGUCCUUCUACCGCAAUUACCACGCCAUGGCGGAGUUCCUGGAUGUCAGCCAGCUCUCCUUCAUCCCCGACCUGGGACCCAAAGGCCUGGAGGGCAUGAUCCUGAAACGCUCUGGUGGGCACCGAAUCCAGGGGCUCAACUGCUGUGGGCACCACCAGAUCUGCUACCGCUGGUCGAAGAGGUGGCUGGUGGUGAAGGAUUCCUUCCUGCUGUACCUCAAGCCGGAGUCGGGGAUCGUCUCCUUCGUGCUGCUCUUCGACCCGGGAUUCAGCGUCAUGGUGGGGAAGAAAUCCACCGACAGCAAGUACGGGCUCCGCAUCGAGAACACCGCCAGGACGCUGAUUCUGAAGUGCAGCAGCUACCGGCAGGCGCGCUGGUGGGGGCAGGAGAUCACGGAGCUGGCCCAGGAGCAGGGUGAGGAUUUCCUGCACCUGCACCGGCACCAGGCCUUCGCGCCCGUCCGCGAGGGCACCCCCGCCCGCUGGUUCAUGAACGGCGCCGGGUACUUUGCGGCUGUGGGCGAUGCACUGAUGCAAGCGAAGGAGGAAAUUUACAUCACCGACUGGUGGCUGAGCCCCGAGCUGCACCUGAAGCGCCCGGCGCAGACGGACGACUGGCGCCUGGACAUCCUCCUGAAGCACAAGGCGGAGGAGGGCGUGCGGGUCUGCGUGCUGCUCUUCAAGGAGGUGGAGCUGGCCCUGGGGAUCAACAGCGGCUACAGCAAGCGGGCACUCCUGCUGCUGCACCCCAACAUCAAGGUGAUGCGCCACCCCGACCAUGUCUCAUCCGUCGUGUUCCUGUGGGCUCACCACGAGAAGCUGGUGGUGGUGGACCAGAGCGUGGCCUUUCUCGGGGGCCUGGACCUGGCCUACGGGCGCUGGGACGACCACCACUACCGGCUCACCGACCUGCCCCCCCGCACCAAGGUCAGAGCCCCCCACUCGGCCCUGUCCUCUCCUGGGGAGCCGCCUGCCCCAGGGCCCCAACCGCCCGUCGACCUGGCAGCCAACCAGCAACUCUGGCUGGGCAAGGACUACAGCAACCUCAUCACCAAGGACUGGGUGCAGCUCGACCGGCCCUUCGAAGAUUUCAUCGACAGGUCCCGGAUGCCCCGGAUGCCCUGGCGGGAUGUGGGGGUGGCCGUGCACGGCAGAGCCGCCCGCGACGUAGCCCGUCACUUCAUCCAGCGCUGGAAUUUCACCAAGACGGUGAAGAACAAGUACCGGGGCCCGGAGUACCCCUGCCUGGUGCCCAAGUCGCUCGGCGCCACCCACCGCCUGCCUGGCCCCCUCGCCGGCGCCCAGCCCGCCAACGUGCAGGUGCUGCGCUCGGUGGAUCGCUGGUCAGCCGGGACCCACGAGUGCUCCAUCUACAACGCCUACCUGAGCGUGAUCCAGAGCAGCCAGCACUACAUCUACAUCGAGAACCAGUUCUUCAUCAGCUGUGCGGACGGGCGGGCGGUGCUCAACACGGUGGGGGACGCCAUCGUCAGCCGCAUCCUGCGUGCCCACAGAGAGCAGACGCGGUUCCGGGUCUUCGUGCUGCUGCCCCUGCUGCCCGGCUUCGAGGGGGACAUCGCCGAGGGGGGCGGGAACUCGAUCCAGGCCAUCCUGCACUUCACCUACCGGACGCUCUGCCGGGGCGACUCCUCCAUCCUGUGCCGCCUGAAAGCCGCCAUCGGGGACGAGUGGAAGAACUACAUCUCCAUCUGUGGGCUGCGCACCCACGGGGAGCUGAGCGGCACCCUCAUCACCGAGCUGAUCUACAUCCACAGCAAGAUGCUCAUCGCCGACGACCGCCGCGUCCUCAUCGGCUCUGCCAACAUCAACGACCGCAGCCUGCUGGGGACACGGGACAGCGAGCUGGCCGUGCUGGUGGAGGACACGGAGCUGGUCCCGUCGCUCAUGGACGGGGAGCCGUACCAGGCGGGGAAAUUCGCACUCAGCCUGCGCCUCGACUGCUUCAGGUCGCUUCUGGGGGAGUCGGGCGCCUCCAGCCUCCCUGUCAGUGACCACUUCUUCCACGGGGUCUGGAAAGCCACCGCCCUGGGCAACGCUAACAUCUAUGAUCAGGUGUUCCGCUGCCUCCCCACCAACGCGGUGCCGUCGCUCGGGCCCCUGCGGGGGUACGCGGGGGUGCAGAACUUGGCCGGCGUCAGCCCGGAGCUGGCCCGCCAACACUUGGCCCAGGUGCGGGGCCACGUGGUGCAGUUCCCCCUCCGGUUCCUGUCCGAGGAGUCUCUCCUGCCCCCGCUCAACAGCAAGGAGGGCAUGAUCCCCGUGGAGGUGUGGACGUAG